AUGAUUUCGUCUCCAGAGAGUUGGAUAACUCUCAGUGUUGGCAUUCAAAUGUGCAACCACACCAUCCCAGAAUGUCCUCCUUACUCCCCCGAAGCCACCGCUGCAUUUGCCACAGCCAUGACACUUAUAAUGCUCGUCACCAUCUUCGGGAACGUUCUGGUGAUCAUCGCCGUCUUGACGUGCCGUCCUCUGAGAGGACCUCAGAACCUCUUCCUGGUCUCCCUGGCUGCAGCUGAUAUCCUGGUGGCCACCCUCAUCAUUCCGUUUUCCCUGGCCAAUGAGCUGAUGGGCUACUGGUAUUUUGAAUCGGUUUGGUGUGAGAUCAUUUUGGCUUUGGACGUGCUAUUCUGUACGUCGUCCAUCAUGCACCUGUGCGCCAUCAGCUUGGACCGUUACCUGUCCAUCUCGCGACCGGUGCUGUAUGCCAGCCAGCGCACCCCUCGCCGGAUCAAAGGAGCCAUCAUGGUGGUGUGGCUCAUCGCCGCAGUCAUAUCUUUCCCCCCGUUGGUGUCGAUGAAAAAGACCCGGGCGUCAAAUGAAGGCAACUAUCCAGAGUGCAAACUCAAUAAAGAGGUAUGGUACAUCCUCUACUCCUCCAUUGGGUCGUUCUUCGCCCCAUGCCUCAUCAUGAUCCUGGUGUACGUUCGAAUCUAUCAGAUUGCCAAAAAGCAUACCCGAUGUCCUCCAGGGGAGUCCAGGAAGGAUGUCGUAAGUGCCAUCCCACUGGGCAUCCAAGGAGAGUUGCUGCAGAACGGCAAAGAGCAAGGAAGUGUGGCCCAAGCGAAUGCUCCGAAUCUGGCUGUCCGAUCCUCUACCCCGCUGACCUCCAAAAGCGAAACUUCCACAAGUCAGCCUCCAGUUGAGAGUCGGCAACAGAUAAAACACUCACAUAGACAGAAAGACAACAAAAACGAGGAUAGUUCAAGCUCUGGCUCAGAUUUAGACAUGGUGGGGGUGCAAAAUGCCAAUGGGACAUCCUCCAAUGUGGGCGCGCUUGAGCCAGGACACCAAGCUUCCUCACCGAUUCAAACGGACAAGGACAUUAUUGCAACCCCAAAGGGCAGCCAAUUGGCCUCUUCUAACAUAAAACCAGCAGGAACUCCAAAUGCCAGGAGAAAGGCCAUGAUUGUUCGGGAGAAGCGUCUCACCUUUGUUCUUGCUGUUGUCAUCGGAGGAUUUGUCGUCUGCUGGUUUCCGUUCUUCUUCAGCUACAGUUUGCAGGCCAUAUGUCCAAAAGCUUGUGAACUGCCUGAACCACUUUUCAAAUUCUUCUUCUGGAUUGGCUACUGCAACAGUGCUUUAAAUCCACUCAUCUAUACCGUCUUUAACAGGGACUUCCGGAAAGCUUUCAAAAAGAUUUUGUGUAAAAGAUGUAAAGAUUGUGCUUUGUAA